UGGAAUGAAAAAAUGUUUUCGAGAGUGGUUCGUUACUCUAGCUUGUGUUGGCUAGAUAUGACAAUAACUCUCAUGAAUUGUUUUUUUAAGCUUGUGAACCAAGCUUUGUAAACUUCAAAAAUGAAAUUGGAAGUUUACUUAUGAAAUGAAAUUUUAUUUACCGUAUUUCAAUUUUACGCUUUUCGCGUUUAAAUUCCUGAUAUUUCCUGCUCUGUUUUAUUUUUGAUAUCUCUAUUCCAGUCCUUUUAUUUUUCACGGAGAUAUUUUUUUUGAAGUUCUGUAAUUGAAUUGAAAUUUUGUUUUUUUGGGAGAUAGAUACACUUUAGCUAUGUUCACCCUCCCUCCGGAACCUAGUCCGAUCUCACACAAAUUCAAAUCCUCCGAAGUGCCGUUAGUUAAUUCACCCACCGCCGCAUCCCCAAAUUCCCCAAUCCCUCGGCCCGCCCGCACGCCGGCAUCCCCUCUCGCCGCCGCGCUCCUCGUCUCCCCCCCAGUUCUUCGACCACCUCGCCUCUCCUGCGCCUCCGCCGCCAAGCACCCCGGAGUCCGAUGGAGAAGCCGGAGUGGAGCAUGCAGGACUUCGAGAUCGGCAAGUACAUCGGCGAGGGCAAGUUCGGGAAGGUCUACCUCGCCCGCGAGAAGCAGAGCGGCUACGUGGUGGCGCUCAAGGUGAUAUUCAAGGCGAAGCUGGAGAAGUACCGGUUCCACGCGCACCUGCGGCGGGAGAUCGAGAUCCAGCACGGCCUCGACCACCCCAACGUGCUCCGUCUCUUCGCAUGGUUCCACGACGACGAGCGCGUUGUCCUCGUCCUCGAGUACGCCGCCCGUGGGGAGCUCUACAAGCUCCUCCGCACCGUCCGCCGCUUCUCUGAGCGCACCGCCGCCACUUAUGUUGCUAGCCUUGCUGGUGCACUCGCAUACUGUCAUAAGAAGCAGGUUAUUCACAGGGACAUCAAGCCAGAGAAUUUACUCCUUGAUGUUGAGGGUCGACUUAAAAUUGCAGAUUUUGGAUGGGCAGUUAGAUCAAAUACCAAACGGCACACACUCUGUGGUACAAUUGAUUACCUAGCACCUGAGAUGAUAGAAAAAAAGGCUCAUGACCAUGCUGUUGACAACUGGACUCUAGGAAUCUUGUGCUAUGAGUUCUUAUAUGGGUCACCACCUUUUGAAGCGGCAGAGCAAGAUGAUACCUUAAGGAGGAUAGUUAAAGUGGAUUUGUCGUUCCCUACAACUCCUUAUGUUUCCGCUGAUGCUAAGGAUCUCAUUUCCAAGCUUUUGGUGAAGGAUUCAAGCAAGAGACUUUCUCUUGAUGACAUUAUGAGACAUCCAUGGAUCGUGAAGAAUGCCGACCCAUCAGGGAGUUGCAGCGAGCAAAAGGCUCGCACAUAAUGCCUUUAAGAAGCAAGGUUACUCAUGUGGCACCGCGGGACCUGCGGAAGGCUGCUGUAGUAUUUUGGCGAAGGGGGUUGUUCGCUGGUGGCCUGUAACUUAUUUUUGCAGAGCUAAUUAAGUAAUUAUAGAUGUCUAUGUAUAUCUGCUAAGGGCAAUUUUACUGUCUGGAUAAAAUAUCUAUAUAUACCAAAAUUUACAUUUAAAAUUUUGGUAUCACACAUGGCUACAUAAGUUAUCAAAUUUU